AUGCUCAGAGGUUGCAUCACAAUGUCCAGUAUUUCUCUUUCUUCUUUUUCUCCCUCCUCCUCCUCCUCCUUUUGUUUUAUCUCUACUCUUUCUUUUUCUCUUCUUCAUGUUUAUCUGCUUUCCUAUCCUCCUACUCCCUCUUAUCCUUUCUUUCUCUUCAUUAUUUUUUGUUUCUUUUUUUCUUCUACUUUCAUCUGUUUUUUUCUUUCUCUUCAUUAUUCACUUUCCUAUCCUCCUACUCACUCUUAUUCUUUCUUCCUUCAUUUUUGUUUUUUCUCUUCUAUAUGUUUAUUCUUCCCCAACUCCUUUGUAUUCUUUCUUCUUCUUUGUCUUUUAUUCCAUUUUUUAAUCCUUUUUUCACUUCUUUCAUCUUUUCUGUUUUUCUUUACCUCAUCUUUAUUUUUUUUUCAUAUCCUCCUACUCCCUCUUAUUUGUUCUUCCUCUUUAUUGUUUUUUGAAUUCUUUUCUGCUUUCUUUUUUUCUUCUACUUUAAUCUUCUUUUUCUGUUUUUUUCUUACUUGUCUAUUCUUUUUCAUAUCCCCCCACCAACUCCCUCUGAUUGUUUUUUCCUCUUUGCCUUAUUUCUUUUUUAAUCUUUUUUCACUUUAUUUUUUUUUUUCUGCAUGUGUCGUCAUCUUCUCUUUCUCUCCUUGA